UUUACGCUUGUGUUUUAGCUGGUUGAGCGGUUCGGUGUAUGGCGGUAGGCGGUUGUUUGGUGUAGUAGUGUGUUGGUGAGUGUUUGGUGGUGUAUAAAGUGUGAAUAAUGAGGAGGAGACUGAACCCGGGCUGCAGAAGUGAACGCUGAGCGCGGAGUGAUGGACCCUGCGGCUAAACCUGCGGCUCCACACCGAGAGAAGGAGGUGCUGCCUGCGCCCUCUAGAGGCAGGGCGAUGUCUGACAGCGCGUCCCUGACCUCCUAUGCUGAGUACCCUGCUGGCCGACCCUUCAUCAACACACACUUACCUCGUAGACCUGUUAAAGCCUUUCCAGAGAGCAGCAGCGGAGCAAUCCUAUCGGCCCUGAAGAAUCUGCAGGAGAAGAUCCGCAGGCUGGAGCUGGAGAGGACCCAGGCCGAGCAGAACCUGCAGAGGCUCUCACGAGAAAGCUCUCUCACACAGAGCGCCCUGGAACGAGGACGCGAGAGCAGCCAUGCAGAGAAACCAAGGAACCAAGAUCUGGUGUGUCAGUUGGCUGCAGCCGAGGCUAAGUGUUCUUUGCUGGAGAAGCAGCUGGAGUAUAUGAAAAAGAUGGUGAGGAGCACCGAGUCUGACCGAACUGCUGUCCUCAAACGACAGGUGCGCGUGCAGGAGUCCGGUUUGUCUGACCCGUCUGAUGUUCAUGUGAAGCUGGAGAAGCUGGACAUGCUGGAGCGAGAGUACCAGAGACUGACCCGCACUCAAAACACCGCCGAGGCCAAGAUCAGAGAGCUGGAGAGGAAACUGCAGGAGGAGGAACACCAGAGGAAACUGGUUCAGGACAAAGCAGCACAGUUACAGACGGGCCUCGAGGCAAACCGUAUCCUGAUUCAGUCGGUAUCACCCCGCCUAUCCAGAUCAAAGAGCAAAAAAAAGAAAGCUGGAUCAAAGAAGCCCCUGCAGCAGCAGCAGUCUCUCACACAGCCGCAUUACAGACUGAGUUUAGGAGACGUUCCAUUUGUGGCAGGAACGUCUACUGGAGCGAGUCAUUCCGUCCGUGCCAACGUCCAGCACGUUCUCCACCUCCUCAAACAGCACAACCGCCAGCUCUGUAACGACCGUGUGCUCAGAGACACGCCCCUAGCCCAUGGAAAGGGGACCUCAGAGGGUCAUUCAGGCAGUAGCUCCUCCUCCUCCCUGUCUUCUUCCUGCAGUGAAGAGCUGUCGGACCUGCUGCUCGCCCUGCAGGAUGAGUUCGGAAGCAUGAGCUUUGAGCAUCAGGAGCUGGGUAAGCAGAUCCAGGCAUGUCGAUCCGAUCGGUUAAGGCAGGAUCUGGAGAGAGAGAUGGAGAACCUGGUGAAGAAGAUGGAGGGAAAAGGAGAACAGAUCGCCAAAGUCCGACGACACCAAGCUCUGAUGGAGAAGUUGAAGAAGCAGUCUCGUCGGCAGAGUCCCGGUGGUGGUGGUGAGGUGAAAGUCACGACGACGGUCAGCACUCGUGGCCAGGGGGCCGAGUCGGUGAAGGUAAAGCACAGUCCGGGGGGCCGCAGUAAAGACAGUCUUCGGCUGCUCAAAGACAUGCGCUCCCUACAGACCUCCCUACGCUCAGACCAGGUAUCCUGGGACUACUGACACUCAGCAAACUGUCUAGUAAGCUAGACUGGGCUGGACCUUUUCUUCUUAGGGUGAGUCUAAUGAGUUCCAUCAUGGAGGAGUCGUCCAAGUUUGGCUGAUAGACUUGAAUGCUCAGAGCACAAUUCCACUGCACACCAGCAACCUGCAAUACAGUACUGCUGCCCAGAACACUGCUGUGGUCAUUCGGGCUUCAGGUUUUAGGGUUGAAUUUUAAAGAGAUAUAAAGAGAGUGGGUCUGUAUAAUGUGUUGAUUCUUACAGGUUGGUUUUAGCAGAUAGCUCAUGUUUGAACUGUCUGAUAAGUGCUUCUUGAGUUCAGAAUGGGAGAUGCUAGGCUAAUAUUGCUAACUAUCACUGGAAGUUGCACAAUCUAAUAUGAGUAAAUACUGUAUGUGGGUAAAAUCCUAUGGUGCUUUCAAACCUUCAGACCUUUCAGUUUGGAUUAAACCAAAACAUCAACCACAGUCCAGACCCCAGUUUAAUAUUACUAACAACAUUUUCACACCAGCACUAUUUGACUUUAAUUUGUUUACAUUCUUAGUCUGGUUUGUUUAGGCAGGUUAGAUAUCAGUACUCGCACUCGGAUGUGAACUAAAACAAGUGUAAACGAGACCCAUGAGAGGAGCUGAUCUCAGUUUGGUUCCAAACUCUGGAGCAGUUUGUAUUGCAAAUGUAAUUCGUUCUCGAUCCGAACUGAUUAUUAAAUAUACAUCUCAUAUUUGAGCUAAACGGCUGUUCAGGUGCAGUUUAAGCUGAUUUAUUAACCGGAAAAUUACUACAGCUAUAAACAAAUCCUGUCUCUGCCGGUGCUCGAUGCUAAGCUGCAAAACUCUGCUUAUCGGUGAAACUUCGCUUACCAGCACAACUUUGCUUACCACAUAACUGUGUGGACACAACACUACCCAUUGAAAACAUUGUGUUUGACAGUGCAGCAGCACAUUUUGUGUUCAGUGUUGAAGCAGCUUCACACUGCACAAAUAUACACCUUGGUCUGGAACACAGAACCUGCUUCCUGUAUUUACUUUUUUGCCCCUGCAGCAGACAGCUCUGACCACUCAGAGGAGAUAAUGUGCUUGUGUGGUUUAUUAGGGUACAUUAUUAUGCAUUGAAACCCUAAAAGAGAUUGUCUCAGUCUGGAUCUUCUAAACCAUGGUCUGAUUUUUUGGCAGUAUGAUUUAUUUAUUUAUUUUGAUAUUUUUUAAGAAACUGGUUGGACUUUUGUGCCAAGAUGAGACUGGUGACUGUUUCAGUCCAGUGAUUGUUAGCAUCAUUAGCCUACCAUCUUCCAUUUAAAGCUAAACUCAGAUACCAAACAUGCCUCGACUGAUCAACUGCGUCUGGGGUCUGUUAUCACUCAUGUUCAAAAUGUCCUUGCGAUAUUGGAAUAUUGUAAUAUUUUCAGCAGCUGAAAUAGCCCUCUUUUUUUUUUUAAACAGUCUAUAGCUAUGUUCACACAGCAGGUAAAAUUGGCCCCAAUCUGAACUUUUACGUCAUGUGUGACACAAGUGUGUCGUUUGUUUGGCAGUGUAAACAGCAAAAAAACACACAAUUUAAUAUCAGUUCCUGUCUGGGCUCCUUCAAUAUGUGGUAUUCGUAUACGACUGGAGUCCAGCUGCAGUCUGAACUCACUCAUAGCGCUUUGGAUUUUGACUGGGAUUAAAGUGAAACUUAACGUGAAGCGAUGCACUGUCAUGUAUGUGUGCCGUUUGCAAAGCACAAACUGGUCAGACAAAUGUCAGAUAUGGGUCACAUUUAAAAAGAUUGUGUGAACAACCUAAACUAAAUAUCAAAUUUGGUCAGAAAAUGGAACUUUUACUUGCUGUGUGAAUGUAGCCUAAAUACAUGUGCCUGAAAUAUUACCAGAAUACAAUCCAAAUACUAAUCAUGUGAAGUGACCAGGUGUAAACAGGGUUUAUUUGAAGGUGUACGUGUAUAUAUAAUUUUGUUUUCCCAGUGUAUCACCCCAGUUUUUUCAUUUUCCUUUAUGAUCAUCAUUCCUAGUCUGAAUUUAUCCCAAAUUUGCAUUGUCUAUCUGUCUAUCUGAAGAACAUUACCUUGUAUCAUUACCUCUGACCAAAAAAAGCUGACCACUUAUGAUUUAAAAAAAAACAGAAAUAUUAGCAGCCUGCGUAAUUAUUUCUGCAAUACAGUACCAGUCAAAAGUUUGGACACACCUUCUCACUCAAAGUUUUUUUUUCCUCUCUAUCUCUCUCUCUCUCUCUCUCUCCACAUUGUAAAUAAAUACUGAAGUCCUGAUGAGGGCCAGUUUUAUCAUAACGAUUUUGGUGUUUUUUCGACUGUACUUGAGAAUACUUUUCAAUACAUUUCAAAGUUCUUGAAAUGUUUCAGACUGACUUUCUGAAAGUUAUUUGUUUUCUUUACUUAGUUGAGUAUUUCUUGCCAUAAUAUGGAUUAGAACAUUACUCUUAUAGAGCUCUUCACUGUAUACCAACUCUAUCUCUUCACAACUUUACCACUGAUGCUCUCAAACACAUUAAGAGUCAAGAAAUUCAAGUAAUUAACUCUUGUUCAGCACAGCUGUUAACUGAAACCAUUCCAGGUGACUCCACCUCAUAAAGCUGACUGGAACCAUAAAUAAUUCAUAAAUAAUUCCAUUAAGUUUUUCUUUAUAGUUUGUACGACUUUAGUAUUAAUCUACAAUGCAGAACAUUUUUUUUAAAUAAUAAUAAAAAAGUUGUGUCCAAACUUUUAACUGAUACUAUGGUAGACAGUUGGACAGUUGUGUUUUCAGCUGGUAAAAGUGUUGGCUCAAGUGGAUAGAUCAGUGCUGUUAUCGAGACUGUUUCUUAACCUUCGUCCUGGUGUCAACCUAUUCUCCACAUUUUAGUGGAGUCCCACAGCAUUAACACACUCUCUGACACUCAGUAAGAGCGUCUUCAUGAUCUGGUUAGUUGGAUCAUGUGUGGGCAGGGGGUCCAGGAUGGAGAAAGAAUAGCUGCACUCUAAAGUCUAAGCUGCAGUUAAUGUACUAUAUGUCCCAUGAGGACUCCUACCUUCUACACAGUCUGUAAGUCACACACACAUGGUACGAAGAUGUAAUAACAAGGCUUUGUUGUGACAUCAUGGCAUGAAACUCGCAUUUUGUUUAUUCCUGUAAUACUUUGAAAAGAUGUUUGUUUGGAGCCAUUUUAUAGUCAAAGUAGCAGUAUUAUAUUUGCUUGCUGAGGCUGAAGCUGCUAUAGGUUCAUGGUAAACUGUGGACUAGGGUCUGGCUUGGUGGUGAAGUCGCACACGAAAACAUUUUAAAUCGAAUCAUUUUCUGCCUCUUUUUGUGGCCGAUAGCCAUGAAGGAUACAUCAGUUGCGUCCUCAUAACAGCUCUGGACUUUGACUACAUUUUUUGACUGUACAUAUAAAAAAUGCAGCCGACUUUGUCUGAAGUCUAGGCUUUGGAAUGCAGCUACUAUUUUAAACAAAAGGAUGGGCUUAUUAUUAUGGAUGAAAUGAUACAUGCGUUGCCAGGUGUGAGUUUUUUUGUUUGUUAUUUGUUUCUUUGGGCUGUGCAGUUGUGUGAAUUUUUUUGCCUUGACAUAUUAAAGAAUCCAGCUAUGUUAUUCUGAACACUACUGGAAACUGUCCACAGUGAAAUUGGGUUUAUUAGUAGUGAUGGACCAAUCUGAUUCGGAAGCAUGACAGUUGAUACCAAUACAAACUGAGAUGCAACAACUUUUUAUAUAUUUUUUUUUGGAGCAAACUAUAUACACAGAUACACUGAUUUAAAAUGCAUUCCUAAUGACUUCAUCCCAACAUAUAUUAUACAGGUAGCCCACAUUGAUUAUACAAACUGUCAUGAAUGUGGGCUACUUCUCGGUAAUGUUUAGCAUGUUUGCUAACAAUUUCUGUAAUUGACUCACAUGAAUUCCCUUCAGGUGCUGAAUAAACUGGUUAAAUACUGUA